AUGGCAAAUGUACAUUCCGCAACGCGAGAUUACACGAAACCGGCUAUUGAUCAACGUAUCACCGAGUUGGUGAAAAGAAGAAUCGGCGCACGAGAAGAUCUACCCACGGAGAGUACAAAAGAGCGACUUGCAAAAUACAAGGAGAAUCGCAACGCCAGAGAAGGAAUGUUAAAAGUUACACAUCGGCAUGUCUUGGAGAUAGUAGCCUAUAUUUUAAACACGAACUACGAAUUGCUGGAGGAAGGAGUUCUCGACAAAGAUGAAUACGUGAAUGUGUUCAGCAGCUUCUUUGCCACCGAUGGAAGACAAGCGAUUCUUAUAUAUCUUCAACCUAUGAGCCCUCCGAUGUUUGAAUCUGGACGAUGGGCGCCGCAACUCAGCAAAGAACAACAAGUUAUACGUUGUUGUGUCACGGAUGGCACCACCGAAGAGUUUUCAGGCAAAUGUGUGAUAGUUUAUCGAUUAAAGUCAAACAUUGAGUUUGGAGUAAAGCAGUUACUUGAUGAGACAUAUUACGCUUAUGCCGAAGUGGAUCCCACAUCACGAAGCGCUUUAGCAGGGAUAUCCGAUUUAAUUUCACGUUUACACAUACGUACCUUAACCGCUAACGUACAAUGGGAAGAACUAACAAAGAGCGAAAUCGGGGAAAAGAUCAAAAACGAUUUCAUAGGCGAUUUUAAAGAUUUUUGCGAAUUUCUCAAUAUGACAAAGAUAGAUCUAGAAAACAUUAUAUGCUUCCAAAUUAAUUGGGAUUUUUAUCAGAAGUGUUUGGCGACUCCGGAAAGCAUAAAACAAAAUAUUCACAAUCCGGAUAUUAUUGAAGUGGCGGAAGCUGAUGUACAGAUAUGGAUGAAAUUAAUGGAACGAGCUGUUGUCGAGAGUGAACAAUUGCGCAGGGAAACCGAGACUGUGGGACCAACCGCAGAACUCGCGUAUUGGCGUCGAUUACUCGGUCUAUUUUCAUCGAUAAUGAAUCAUAUAAAGUCGCCUUACACUGAAUCAUUUAUUCAACUCCUAACAGAAGCAAAAUCAAAACUUAUCAAGAAAUGGAGAACAUUGGAAGAUCACGUUACAACGAUAUAUAUUUUGUCGCAAGAUAAUGUGAAGUAUCUGUAUUCCUUGGAAAAAUUUACUCAACCGUUGUAUAGGCUAGAUCCUACAAAAAUCGGUGAUUACUUGCCUUCGCUUAUGUACGCUAUAAGAAUGACUUACGCUACCUCGCGAUUUUUUAACACAAGAAAGAUGGUUACCGCGGUAUAUGUGAAGAUAACAAACCAAAUGAUACUAUCGUGUAAAGCGUAUUUAACAGGAAAUGGAAUAUUGAGUGUUUGGGCCGAGUCGAAAUCUACAAUGAUAUCUAAGAUAAAGGACUGUAUUAAGCUAUGCGAGACGUAUCAUGAUUGUUACAACGAGAUGUGCAAGAAGGUCGAACAGUCUCCCGAUGAGAAACCUUUCGAAGUAUCCGAAAUGUAUGUUUUUGGCAAAUUUAACACUUUUAAGACGAGACUAAUAAAAAUCAUGGACAUCCUUGAAUCUGCACGGAUGUACGCUAUUUUGCACAGCUCGACUAUAGAAGGAAUCGACGUGUAUGCGCAAAAGUACGCGAAUUUUUUUAAGAAGAUUUCCUCGCAAGAAUACGAUCCUCUGGAUCAUAGAAAGCUUUACUUCGAUACCGAUUAUGAGGAGUACAAGAAAAGCGUGACGGAAACCGAUGUGGAGCUCAGAACGUUCUUUCGUAAUUGCGUCGCUCUCGUGCCAAAUAUUACAUUAGCUCUACAGUUGAUCGAUAGAUUUCGAAAAUUAAAUCUCAAAAUACUGAAGAUCGACAGAAUGUGCCUGGAGCUCGUCGCAACGUACGAACGAGAAAUUGAAGAUGUUCGCGAUAGAUACAAUAUAGACAGAUCCGAUCCGCCUCUGCCGAGGAAUUUUCCACUCGUAGCCGGUAGAAUCCUCUGGAUUCGGCAGUUAUAUAAACGCGUGGAAGUUCCUAUGAAUAUGUUCAGAUCGUAUCAGAAGGUGAUCUUGCAUGAAUCUAUGCAGAAAUGCAUUAAGAUAUAUAAUGUACUUAUCGGCGUAUUUAUUCACUACGAGAUGAUAUAUCACAAAGCGUGGUACGACUCGGCCGACAUUGUUCGUCUGGCGUUAUCAACGCCUAUAAUCGUGCGUCAUCCUAAAACAAAUAAAUAUUGUUUAAAUUUUGAUUCCUACAUAUACGAAGUGAUACGAGAAUCGGAACACAUGUCUAAAUUGAGAUUGGAUGUGUCAGAUUUUAUACAGGUUUUGAUGUUUUGCAAAGAGAAGAUUUUGUCAUUCCGCGAAAGAGUCAAAAAGCUGAUUAAAAGAAAUGAUGUUCUUAGAAAAUCUAUUCCGCUUAUAUUUUUGCAUUUAAUGAAGAUCGCACUGGUCCAUCUCGAGAUCGCUUUCCAGCCUUGUCUGUCGGUAGUUACGUGGUCGUCAUUAAUGAUUUCUAAAGUAUGCACCAACCUGGAACAUGCAAUAAAAAACGCGGAGGUAUUUGUCAAGAAAGUGACAGACAUGAAGGAAGCGAGAGUAGAUGAAGUAUUUGAGACUAUUGCGGAAAUAAUACUGCUAAAAGUAGAUAAUUAUCCAAAAAGCCCGGAACAGUUUUCCGCCGAUAACAUAGCUUUUACAAAUACAAUAGCAAUUGAUUUAGAAGUUAAAUCUUCAGCAGCGGAAAAGACCGUUGUCACGAUUAUUAACAAAUUUAUGGAUCUUAUAACUGAUCCUAGUGUAGAAGAUGUUAAGUAUAAUUGGAUGGACCUUGAAAAAAUACAUAAAGUAGGAUCCGAAAGCAAAUUAAUAGAAGGACCGUACGAACCAGGCUUUGGUCACAUUGAAAAAACAAUUAAAGUUAAUAUACAACACGUGCACAACAACUGUAUGGAACUCUUCGCGUACUUCAAUUGCAAAUUGAUCGACGCUUUAGUAAAAUGCACAAAAAAUUCUUUGGAGUUGUUGAAGAAAAAAGCAACUGUUACGAGUCUGGUGAUUGAUGAUGUUACAACAGAGCAAGAAAUUCCAAUUAUGAUGACGCACUUUGUUCUACAAAUACCGAAUAUUGUAAUCAUUCCGACAAUAGAGGAACUGCAGCAUCAUUUCGGCAAAGUUAUAACGGGUAUUAUAGAAGCGAGCAGAAGUGUGACUAUGUGGGGACAUCGAUAUUCUACAAACACGCAAGAAUCGCUUGGUGACAAUAAUUCGCUCAGUAACUAUUUUCAAAGCAUAUCCGAUCACAAGGAUGUAAUUCGCAGUUCAAUGAGUGUACAAGGCUUAAUAUUAAUGAUGAGAGAUGAUGUUACCAAAAUUGGCAAUUCAUAUUUACGAUAUUCCUACCUAUGGGUGGACAAUAGAAUCGAGAUCAUUCAAAAAUUCGUUGAUUCUGAACCCAUUGUACAAGAAAUCAAAGAGAAGUUUACGGAAUAUGAAAAUUUAAUGACAGAAAUUCAAAAUUUGCCCGAUCAACACGUUCUCGGUCCGCUUCAAAUUAAUAUGGAUAAAUUAAAACUGGCAUUCUUUGUUGAAGCGAAUGCAUGGAAAACGUCAUUGGGUGUCAUUUUAUCACAGAAAUACAAGAUAAAGUUACACCGUAUUAUGGACUACAUUUACGAAAAGAACAAAGUCCUCGCUAGACAUAUCAAAGACUUAGAGGAUGUCAGAGUCGCGAUGAAGUGUUUAAGAGAAAUACGAGAUGAUUUUAUAUCGUUGGAUAUGGAACUAAUUCUGAUCGAGGAGGUUUACGCAUUGAUGGGAAAAUACAACAUUAAUAUAUUAAAAGAAGAUCAGGACAUUGUAGACGGACUGAGAUAUAAUUUUAGCAACAUGCUCAACACGGCAAAACAAGUCCAAGUAAUUAUAUGUGAGAUGCAAGAGCCUUUGAGAAAGGAACUCACUGACGGAGUCGAAGUUCUCAAACAGAACGUGGAGAAAUUCGAUAUCGACUUUGAAUUCAACGGUCCGAUGGUCGAAGGAAUACCUGCAAAAGAAGCCAGUGAACGGCUCAUUCUGUUCCAAGCACAAUUCGAAGAAUUAUGGGAAAGAUACGAAACUUACAGCAGCGGCGAAAGUUUAUUUGGCAUAGAAGUAACGGAAUAUCCAACUUUGCACCGAAGAAAAAGAGAGCUCAAUCUGCUGCAGAAGUUGUACACGUUGUAUUUGCAAGUUAUGCGUACUAUUGACAGUUACUAUGAUAUUCCGUGGUCGGAAAUUGAUAUUGAAUCAAUUAUAAAUGAAUUAGCCGAAUUCCAAAACAAAUGCCGAAAGUUACCCAAAGCUAUGAGAGAAUGGCCAGCUUAUAUCGAUCUAAAAAAGAAGAUUGACGACUUCAACGAGAUGUGUCCGUUAUUAGAAAUGAUGGCUAAUAAAGCCAUGAAAAACAGACAUUGGGAGAGAUUGUCCGCCUUGUGCAAAUAUUUUUUUGACGUGGAAUCUGAGACUUUUACACUUGCAAAUGUUAUGCAAGCACCUUUGCUAAAAUAUAAAGAUGACGUAGAGGAUAUAUGUAUCAGUGCUGUAAAAGAGCAAGAUAUCGAAUUCAAAUUGAAGCAAGUGAUUGCAGAUUGGUCGGUUGUGAAUCUACAAUUCUCCUCUUUUAAACAAAGAGGCGAACUAUUACUGAAAGGUAUCGAAACGGCUGAGAUAAUAGCGCAACUUGAAGAUAGUUUGAUGAUCAUAAGUUCGUUGCUGGCAAAUCGUUACAACGCUCCGUUUAAGAAAGAGAUUCAGUUAUGGCAGACUAAACUCAGUAACACGUCAGAAAUAUUAGCAAAAUGGUUGACUGUGCAGAAUCUGUGGGCUUAUUUAGAAGCGGUGUUUAUCGGCGGCGACAUAUCGAAGCAACUGCCCACUGAGGCAAAGCGUUUCAAUACCAUCGACAAAGCCUGGACCAAGCUUAUGAUUCGCGCUCACGAAAAAUUAAAUGCGGUAGAAACAUGUACGGGAGACGAAACUAUGAGUCAGUUUUUGCCUCAUUUGCUGGAACAACUAGAAUCUUUGCAGAAGUCCCUUAGCGGUUAUCUGGAAACCAAGCGAGUUAUUUUUCCAAGAUUCUGCUUCAUAUCAGAUCCUACUUUGUUGGAGAUCCUUGGACAAGCUGCCGAUUGCCACACCAUACAGAAUUAUCUCGACGGCUUUUUCGACAACAUAGCAAGACUCAAGUUUUCGGAAAAGGAAUAUGAAAAGAUUCAAGCAAUGUAUUCGCGCGAAAGUGAGGAAAUAAUAUUUGAGAAAGAAGUUGUAUGUAUAGGAGGUGUAGAGAACUGGUUGAAUACUUUGUUGACCGUUCAUCAACAAUCUGUUGGUGCUGUAAUUGCAAUGGGACUGCAAUCAUUUCACACGACAGAAUUUGACAUUUUGUCAUUGAUAGAAAACUCUAUUUUGCAAGUGGGUUUGUUAGCGUUACAAGUUCUAUGGACGCGCGAUUCCGAAAUAGCAGUCACGACAGCCAAGCGCGACAGAACUAUAAUGAAAAGAACUAAUCAGUGGUUUUUGGACCUCUUGAACAGUCUUAUAGAAGCGACCGUUCGAGACUUGACGAAAUUUGUCAGAGUAAAAUACGAAUGUCUAAUAACGAUACACGUUCAUCAAAGAGACAUAUUUGACGAUUUAUGUCGACUCCGAAUUCGAAGCGUUUAUGAUUUUGAGUGGGCAAAACAGUGUCGAUUCUAUUACAAUGAAGAGACGGAAGAAGUUCCGAUCAGAAUAACUGAUGUAGAUUUUACUUAUCAAAAUGAAUUCUUAGGCUGUACGGAUCGUCUCGCGAUUACUCCGCUCACAGACAGGUGUUAUAUAACGCUGGCACAAGCUGUGGGAAUGAAUUUCGGCGGAGCUCCCGCAGGUCCUGCCGGCACGGGAAAAACGGAAACAACAAAGGACAUGGGAAAAGCAUUGGGGAAAUAUGUUGUUGUUUUUAAUUGCUCCGAUCAAAUGGACUUUCGCGGUUUGGGCAGAAUAUUUAAGGGACUGGCGCAGUCCGGUACUUGGGGGUGCUUCGACGAAUUUAAUCGGAUCGAUCUACCGGUGUUAUCGGUCGCCGCACAACAAAUCGCAAUUGUGCUUAACGCGCGUAAAGAACGGAAAUUGAGCUUUUUGUUCAGCGACGGUGAAACAUAUAAACUCAAUUAUGAGUUUGGAAUAUUUAUCACUAUGAAUCCAGGAUACGCUGGCCGGCAGGAAUUACCGGAAAAUUUAAAGAUACAGUUCAGAAGUGUAGCUAUGAUGGUUCCCGAUAGACAAAUCAUAAUGCGAGUAAAACUUGCGGCAUGUGGCUUCAAAGAGAACGUGGUCUUGGCGCGAAAAUUUUUCAUAUUGUACAAACUGUGCGAGGAACAGCUCAGCAAGCAAGUGCAUUAUGAUUUCGGAUUGAGAAACAUCUUGUCGUGUCUGCGCACACUCGGUGCUCAAAAACGUGCGAAUCCUACCGAUUCGGAAGAAACCACACUUAUGAGAGUGUUGCGCGAUAUGAAUCUUUCCAAACUAGUGGACGAGGAUGAAUCUCUGUUCAUGUCCCUCAUCGAAGACAUGUUCCCAGGAAUAAAGUUAACGACCAAGACGUAUAAAGAGUUACAGAAAGCUAUAGCUAACGCUACAGCUGCUCUUGGAAUAAUGAAUCAUAGUGAAUGGAAUUUGAAAACUUUACAGUUAUACGAGACAUCACUUGUUCGCCAUGGUCUGAUGGUUCUUGGACCAACAGGAUCCGGUAAAACGCGAUGCAUAUGGGCGCUCAUGAGAGCUCUGACAGAAAUGGGCAUACCGCACAAAGAAAUUAGAAUGAAUCCAAAAGCGAUAACUGCAUCCCAAAUGUUCGGGAGACUCGAUGUUGCGACCAAUGACUGGACCGACGGUAUAUUUUCUACUAUAUGGCGAAGGAGCAUGCAAGCAAAAAAAACGGAAAAUGUGUGGAUUGUACUAGACGGCCCAGUCGACACGUUAUGGAUCGAAAAUUUAAAUUCCGUUCUCGAUGACAAUAAGACGUUAACGUUGGCUAACGGAGAUCGCAUUGUAAUGGCGCCAAAUAACAAACUGGUGUUCGAGCCCGACAACGUAGACAAUGCGUCUCCUGCGACUAUAUCCCGCAUGGGAAUGGUGUUUGUCAGUGCUUCUGUAUUAAAAUGGAGUUCAAUCUUAGAGGGUUGGUUGAAAAAAUGCACCGUGUAUGAAGCCGGAGUGUUACGAACAUUGUUCCAUAAAAUAUAUGGAGAUGCCCACAUAUUCGUUCAAACAAAGCUUCAUGCUAAAAUAAUGCUUUUAGAAGCGCUUUACAUACGGCAAUGUAUUGAUUUGUUGGAAGGUUUGAAUGUCGGAAAUUCUGAUCCAGCCAGAGUAUUACCCGAGCAUCACAUCGAAAAGCUUUUCUUGUUUUCUCUCAUGUGGAGUUUGGGCGCGGUGUUGGAACUCGACGAUCGACUUGCGUUGCAAGAAUAUUUUGUGAAUCACGAAUCAAAAUGCAACUGGCCAAACUGUACAAAAGAUGAAACUAUUUUCGAGUACUUGGUAUCAGACGAUGGAAAAUGGAUACACUGGAACAAAAUAGUGUCGGAAUUUGAAUAUCCCGAAGAUCGUGUUUUAGAAUACAACACUAUUCUCGUUCCUAACGUUGAUAAUACGAGAACGUUGUUUUUGGUGGAUAUUAUAGCAAAGCAAGAAAAAUCAGUGCUUUUAAUAGGAGAAGAAGGUACCGCCAAGACUGUAAUGAUCAAAAGCUACAUGUCCAAGCAUGAUCCUGAAUUUCAUCUAAAUAAAUUUUUUAACUUUUCUUCGGCAUCCACACCCAACAUGGUUCAACGCGUAUUUGAGAGUUACGUUGAAAAACGAGUGGGAACUACUUACGGACCUCCCGGUGGUCGAAAAAUGACUAUUUUUAUCGACGAUAUAAAUAUGCCGACCAUAAACGAAUGGGGCGAUCAAAUUACGAACGAAGUGGUGCGCCAGUUAAUGGAGUUCAAUGGAUUUUACUCGUUGGAUAAACCAGGCGACUUUUGCACCAUGCAAGACAUUAUGUUACUUGCAGCUAUGCGACAUCCCGGCGGAGGACGAAAUGAUAUUCCGCCACGAUUGAAACGGCAGUUUAAUAUUUUUAACUGUACCCUGCCCUCCAACAAAUCAAUGGAUACGAUUUUUAGUACUAUCGGACAAGGCUACUUUUGUACCACAAGAUUCUCCGAAACCAUUGUCGAUUUCUUGCCGAAGCUCGUGCCGUUAACACGAAUAUUAUGGCAGCGAGUUAAAACAAAGAUGUUACCUACUCCAGCGAAGUUCCACUACGUUUUUAACUUGCGCGAUCUGUCUCGCAUUUGGGAGGGAAUACUCCGAAUAGAGAGAGCCGAGUGCAAGUCUAUAACGACUCUGCUGAAAUUGUGGGAACACGAAUGCACGCGCGUGAUAGCAGAUCGUUUCACGACCGUUGACGAUAAAGAGUGGUUCCAAAAUACUUUAAAGCUCACGGCAGAGAAAUUAUUAGGUCCGGACUUCGAGCAUUAUUCUCCGGUUGAGACGUACUUCGUUAAUUUUCUUCGCGAACCGCCGGAACCGACAGGUGACGAACCGGAAGAUUUUGUGUUUGAGGCACCCAAGAUUUAUGAAGAGAUACCGAGUUACGAUAUCGUUGUUGAGAAAGUUGUUCAAAAUAUGGAGCAGUUUAAUGAAUAUGUACGCGGCAUGCGUCUCGAUCUAGUCUUUUUCCACGACGCUCUGGUACACUUGAUACGAAUAUCGAGAAUACUUGGAGUUCCCAGAGGGAAUGCACUCUUGGUAGGAGUGGGAGGAUCCGGCAAGCAGAGUUUGACGCGACUGGCAUCUUUUAUUGCGGGAUUUAACUUCUUCCAGAUAACUUUAACUAGGAUUUAUAAUGUGGCCAGUUUGAUGGACGAUUUGCGAAAGUUAUAUCGCACCGUUGGUACAGGAAGCAAAGGUCUCACCUUUAUUUUCACCGAUAAUGAAGUAAAAGACGAGGCGUUUUUGGAAUAUAUAAACAACAUGCUGAGUGUCGGCGAGGUAGCCAAUCUUUUCUCAAAGGAAGAGUUAGAUGAGAUUCUGACAAUUAUCACGCCCUUAAUGAAAAAGGACGAUCCUCGUCGCCCACCGACACAGGACAAUCUUUACGAUUACUUCAUAUCUCGAGCGAGAAACAAUUUGCAUAUAGUUUUAUGUUUUUCACCUGUCGGCGACAAGUUCAGGUCACGAGCGUUGAAAUUUCCCGGUCUUAUAUCCGGUUGCACGAUAAAUUGGUUUUCAAGAUGGCCGAGGGACGCGUUAUAUGCGGUUGCUGAACAUUUCUUAGACAAAUAUAGAAUUAUAUCCACUCCAGAAGUCAAACAGCAAUUAAUUCAAGUUAUGGGCGACAUUCAAGACGACGUAAACGACACCUGCACAGAAUACUACGAGAGAUUCCGUCGUCAAGUAUAUGUGACUCCAAAGUCAUUUUUAACGUUUAUCGACAGUUACAAGACAUUUUACAAGCAACGAUUAGAGCAUAUUAACACGCUUACUUCUCACAUGAGCAGUGGUUUAAACAAAUUGAUCGAUGCCGCGGUUCAAGUGGAAGAGUUACGGAAGGAAUUAGAAAAAAAUCAAAAGGAGAUCGCAGAAAAGAACGUACAAAUAGAAGCGAUUUUAGAAAGUGUAAAUGAAAAAAAGAAAGAAGCUGAAAACAUGAAGGCAAAAGUGCAGGUAACAAAAGAUGAAGCGGAAACAAUUUUAAAAUUGAUAGCUAAGGAUAAGGCAGUGGCGGAACAAACGUUGAAAGCCGCGGAACCUGCUUUGUUAGAAGCUGAAGCUGCUUUACAGACUAUAAAACCAGUAGAUAUUUCCACUGUUCGUAAAUUGGCUAAACCACCGUAUUUAAUUAUGCUCAUAAUGGAUUGCGUUUUGAUUUUGUUUGGAAGAAAAUUAGAUCCGGUCAAACCCGAUUACGAACAUCAAUUUCUAGUGCCGUCGUGGUCGGAAUCGUUAAAGGUCAUGGCCGACACUCGAUUUUUACAUAACUUACAAUAUUUUCCAAAAGAUAACAUUAACGCCGAAACGAUCGACUUAAUGAUGCCGUAUUUAAAUUAUCCUAUGUAUACUUACGAGGCCGCAAAGAUAGCCUGUGGAAACGUUGCCGGUCUCAUACAGUGGACCAUCUCUAUGGUUGCUUUUUACGAAAUAAAUAAAGAUGUGCUACCUUUAAAGGCGAAUCUCGCUGUGCAAGAAAUUAAAUAUGAGAAAGCUAAUAAAAAUUUAAUUGAGGCCGAACAACGGUUAAAAGAAAAGGAUGACGACUUGAAGAUAGUGCAAAGAGAGUUCGACACUGUGACACAAGAGCGACAAGUGAUAAUCGAUCAAGCUGCGGUCUGUCAAGCAAAACUGGACACCGCAGGUGCCAUGAUCGAAGGACUGUCGGGAGAAAGAACAAGAUGGACGGAUCAAAUAGACGUUUUUAAAUCAGAAACGGAACGUCUUGUCGGAGACAUAUUGGUGCUAACGGGAUUCCUGUCUUAUUGCGGGCCGUUUAAUCAAGAGUUACGUUUUCUCUUGCAGAGGAAGUGGAUCGAUUUCAUACAAGAUAAAAAAAUCCCGAUUUCUCUUACUAUAAAUGUCGUUAGCGCGUUGACGGAUACAGCUACCAUCGGUGAGUGGAGUUUGCAAGGUUUGCCUACCGACGAACUGUCGCUUCAGAAUGGAAUAAUUGUGACAAAAGCGCCGAGAUAUCCCCUCUUGAUCGACCCACAAUUACAAGGCAAAACGUGGAUCAAAAACAAAGAAAUGAAAUUUGAUUUACAAGUGACAUGGUUUACGCACAAAUAUUUCAGAAACCAUCUAGAAGAUUCGAUAUCGUUAGGACGACCGUUAUUGAUACAAGAUGUCGGAGAGGAAAUAGAUCCGGUGUUAGAUAAUUUACUGGAAAAGAAUUUUAUAAAAAUAGGAACUUCUUUGAAGGUGAAAUUAGGUGAUAAGGAAGUGGAUGUUAGCAAAGAUUUCAGACUUUAUAUGACGACGAAGCUACCGAAUCCUUUUUACACUCCAGAAAUCUUUGCUCACACAUCUAUAAUCGAUUUUACUGUAACGAUGAAAGGCUUGGAAGAUCAACUUUUAGGAAGAGUUAUUUUACAAGAGAAAAAAGAAUUAGAGAUGGAAAAAACACAACUGAUCGCCGACGUGUCCGCAAAUAUCAAAAAAAUCAAAGAAUUAGAAGAUAAUCUUUUACAUAAAUUAGCGACUGUGCACGGACCUUUGAUAGAAGACGUUGAAUUAAUGGCGGUAUUAAAUAUCACAAAACAGACAGCGGCGGAAGUGAAUGAAAAGCUGAAUAUCGCGAAAGAUACGGAGUUAAAAAUUGAUACGGCUCGCGAAGAAUUCCGACCGGUUGCGACACGUGGUAGCGUUUUAUAUUUCUUGAUAUGCGACAUGCCGCACGUCAAUUGCAUGUACCAAACGUCUCUCGCUCAAUUUCUGGAACGAUUUGAUAUCUCUAUGGCUAGAUCCGAGAAAAGUCCGGUCAAUCAAAGAAGAAUAAAUCACAUCAUCGAAUAUCUGACAUACGACGUAUUUAAGUACAAGGCGCGCGGACUUUACGAGAUACACAAAUACAUGUUCAUUUUGCUGAUGACGCUGAAAAUCGACCUGCAACGUGGCAGCAUUUCACACGAAGAAUUUCAGUAUCUUAUUAAAGGCGGCGCGGCGCUGGACCUGAAAGCUGUCGAACCAAAACCCUGCAGAUGGAUCACGGAUGUGACGUGGCUAAAUCUGGUCGCGCUUUCGUCAUUACGACAGUUCCAGUAUAUCACGUCGCAAGUAACCGCUUCCGAGAAGGCUUGGAAGCACUGGUUCGACAAAGAGGCACCGGAAGAGGAAGUUAUACCGGAUGGUUAUAACACGUUGGACACGUUUCGUAAAUUGCUACUGAUACGAGCUUGGUGUUUGGACAGAGCGCUAUCGCAAUCUAGAAAGUACAUAGCGUUCUCAUUGGGAGCGAAAUACGCCGAACCCGUGAUCACGCUUUUGGACGUGAUGCAUAGCGAGUCGCGGCCAAACAUGCCGAUGAUCUGUUUUUUAAGUAUGGGCUCGGAUCCCACGCCGAGUAUCGAGCAACUCGCGAAAAGAAUGGAGAUCGUUUGUAAAAGCGUAUCGAUGGGGCAGGGUCAAGAAGUUCAUGCUCGUCGGUUGCUUCAGAGCGCGAAAACUGAGGGUUUCUGGGCAUUGUGCCAGAAUUGUCAUUUAGGCUUGGACUAUAUGACGGAACUGGCGACCUUCCUUCUGGAAAUGGAGGCCCCUCAUCCGGAUUUCCGCGUAUGGAUCACAACAGAACCGCACAAAGACUUUCCCGUUUCCCUACUGCAAAUGUCUAUAAAAUAUACAUUCGAAUCCCCGCAAGGAGUACGCGCGGGUUUACUGGCGACGUACAGCGCUAUGAAUCAGGAAAUGCUGGAUCAAUGCGAUGCCGCGCAAUACAUACCGCUAGUAUACACUGUGUCCUUCCUGCACACCGUGAUUCAGGAAAGGCGCAAGUUCGGUCCUCUAGGAUGGAACAUACCGUAUGAAUUUAACUCGGCGGACUGGCUCGCUUCCUGCAUGUUUAUAAAUAAUCAUUUGAACGAUCUUGACCCAAAGCGAGGAAUAAACUGGCAGAUCAUGCGUUACAUGAUAAGCGAAGUACAAUACGGUGGACGUGUCACAGACGACUAUGACAAGAGAUUGUUAAAUACGUUUGCAAAAAUGUGGUUCACGGAUGCGCUUUUUACUGAAGGUUUUGCUUUCUACAAAGGUUAUCCGCUUCUAAUAUUUAAGCUAGUCAGCGAGUAUCUAAAAGCGAUAGAUGCCAUGAGCACGGUAGAUCCACCGCAGGUGUAUGGCUUGCAUCCGAAUGCGGAUAUUACAUACCAGAGCAACACUACACAGACCGUGCUGGACACGAUCGUAUCUGUGCAACCAAAGGAAGCGGGGAUUGUUGGCGCAGAGUCUCGAGAAGUGGUUGUUACGCGACAGGCAAAGGAAAUGUUAGAAAAGAUUCCGCCAUUAUACGAUAUGUUCGAAAUUAAAAACAGAUUACGCGCAAUGGGUCAUACCGCUCCCAUGAAUAUUUUCUUGAAGCAAGAGAUCGACAGAAUACAAGUAGUUAUAAAAUUGGUACGCGUCAUGCUUCAGAAUCUUCUACUGGCUAUAGAAGGCGUGAUUAUAAUGAGCGAGGAAUUGCGAGAUACUUUUGAUAACAUAUACGACGCCAGAAUACCGAAAGCUUGGAAAGCUCGAUCAUGGGAAUCCGCCACUUUGGGAUUCUGGUUUACAGAACUAUUAGAAAGAAAUCAGCAAUUUUUGACCUGGUUAUACAUAGGGAGACCAGCAAAGUUUUGGAUGACUGGUUUCUUUAAUCCUCAAGGAUUUUUGACGGCAAUGAAGCAGGAAGUGACGCGAGCACAUAAAUGGGCUUUAGAUAACGUCAUAUUUCAUAAUGAAGUCUUACGAGCCAUGACAGAAGAGAUAAAAAAACCACCUCCUGAAGGUGUUUAUGUUUACGGACUCUUUCUGGAGGGUGCUGGCUGGGACAAGAGAAACAAUCGUUUGUGUGAAUCGGUUCACAAAGUUCUUUACGUGUUAAUGCCGGUAAUACAUAUUUUUGUUAUACAUAAUAACGUGCCAGACAAGAGUUUGCAAUUAUAUCAAUGUCCCGUAUAUAAAAAACCUCAACGGACUUACAACUUACUGAUAACAUCACUUUGGUUACAAACCAAUAAAAAUCCGGAUUAUUGGAUUUUACGUGGUGUUGCUUUAUUAUGUGAUAAUAAAUAAUAAUAAACAAAUAAAGAAAGCAAAACA